ACAAUUAAACGUUUUCAGACUGAACAACAAAAAUGCCUGAAAUUGUAGUAUAUGUUUGGCGCCCAUCUGGAGAUUAUGUCGGCCAUAGCUCCUUGCAAUUGAAUGAUGGUACAUAUAUCAGUUGGUGGCCUGAAAAAGAGUGUGGUCCUACCAAUCCUCGAUCAAAAGCUGCGCCCAAUGAUUCACUUGAAAACGAUAUUGAGGCAGAAGGCAAUAGACAGCCUCAUGCCUACAGGAUUAAAAUAUCAAGUGAAGAGCAAAAUGCUAUAGUUCGGUGGUGGACAAACUUCAAGGCAAAGGCAGACUACCAAUUCAUUUCAAACAACUGUUCAACAGUAGCCUACUACGCACAAGAGGCUGCUUUCCCGUUUCUCUCGAAGCUAAAUGAUGAAAUUCCAGUAUGGGUACCAGGGGCUAUUGAAAUGGUAGCACAAGAUUUGGCUGCUGGGAAAAGAAGUUUUGACCAAAAGAGAAUCGAUGAAAUCAAAAAGGCCGUGGGAGAUGAGGUAAAACGAAUCUCAGGAGGAAAAAAGAAUGCCAACAGUUUCAAAGUUGGCUACAAAGGGAGGAAGUAAAGUUAAUUUGAACAUUAUAAAAUAUCAGUAAUUAUAUUUGAAUUACACCAAUACUGAAAAAGAGUAUUGUUUAACUAGAAAUGAUUACAUUUUAUUUAUCAAAUAUAAACUUUAAUAGCUGGCUACAAGAUACAUGUAUUUAUUUUAAUCUUGACCUCUUAAAAGGUAUAACCUUAAAACGACAUUAUGCUCAUUUUUUUCUUUGUCAAAUUGAGUUAAAUUAGAAGUAUUUUUCAAAAGAUUUACUAUUUUGAUGGUGUUUGAAUAAUAAUUGAUAAUAAGAAAUGUUUGGCACAAAAUAUAAACAUGCCUUUAACACAAAACAUAGAUAAUUCCGAAUGAUAUUUUUAGAAAUUUCAGUGUGCCACUAAAUAAAUAUAAGGAUAGAAUAUGAAUUUGGAAACAAAUAUGGUCAAAUAUAAACUUAUUUCGACUUUCUCUUGUACCCUCAAUAUUUACACUUGGAAAGGCAUAAUGUCAAUUUAAGACGAAAGUUGGUCAGCAACAAAUAUAGAACUUUGUCAGACUGCAAAUAUUGUUUUCUUUCUGUGUGCAUUUAUCUUCACUUAUUUCAAAUAUCGUAAUACAUAUACCAGAAAAUGUUUAAAGGUGCAGCAAAUAAAGGCUAUUUUUAUAUAUUA